AUGUUUUCUCAAAAUUUAGUUUAUACUCUUGGAAUAUUAAAUCUUAUUCUUGCUGGUAUUGCUAUUUUUUGUGUUGUACAUGCUGAAGAUCAUCCAGAACAUUUUUCACUUGUUUAUAUAGCUGUAAGUAUAUUUAUGUUUUAUAUGGGAACAAUUUUAAUUAUUAUUAUAUUACAAAUUAUUGAAACAUGUCGUGAACAACAUAAAAGAAAUCAAUCAUCAUUAGAAAUUCAAAUGCCUACAUUAACAACAGAAAUCUCACCUCAGUUAAAUUCUAUUAUUGAUGAAACAAUAACAAAACCAAAAUUAUAUUUAUCACAUAGUCAAACAUUACCAUUAGUUUUAUCUUCAUAUAAUCCUCAUCAUACAUCAUCAUUAAUUUUUAAAAAUUUUAAAAAUACAUCAAAUGAAUUCAUAACAACAUCAACUUAUUCAACAUUUUUACCGAAUUAUCAAGAAACAUUAGCUACUCUCAAUAAAAAUUAUCAAUCAUUUGCUUUUAUUACAAAUGAUCAUCGACAUUCAUCAUAA